AUGGCCGCCGUUCAAGAACAGAAGCCUCUCUCUGGCCUUGCGCUCUACUCGCGCUUCGCCUUCGCUGGUGCCAUGUGCUGUUCCAUCACCCACGGAGCUGUCACUCCUCUUGAUGUCGUCAAGACCCGCAUGCAGCUCGACCCCGCUACUUACAACCGUGGCAUGAUCGGUAGCUUCAAGCAGGUCAUCCAGAAGGAGGGUGCUGGCGCUCUUCUGACUGGUUUCGGUUACGAGUUCUUCAAGCAGCAGGCGAUCAACCAGAUCGGCUACGAGACCGCUGCUAACAACCGCACUGCUGUCUACCUCGCUUCUUCCGCCUGCGCUGAGUUCAUGGCCGACAUUGCCCUGUGCCCCCUCGAGGCCACCCGUAUCCGUCUCGUCUCCCAGCCCACUUUCGCCAACGGCCUCAUCGGUGGUGCUAGCCGUAUCUUCAAGGAGGAGGGUCUCGCUGCCUUCUACUCUGGUUUCGGUCCCAUUCUUUUCAAGCAGGUCCCCUACACCAUGGCCAAGUUCGUCGUCUUCGAGAAGGUCUCCGAGGCUGUCUACAAGACCGUCAACAAGGACACUCUCUCCGACGGUGCUAAGACUGGUAUCAACCUUGGUUCCGGUCUCGUUGCUGGUCUCGCUGCCGCCAUUGUUUCUCAGCCCGCCGACACUAUGCUCUCCAAGAUCAACAAGACCCCGGGUGCUCCCGGUGAGGGAACCCAUGAGCUCGGUAUCCGUGGCUCCUACUCUGGUAUCGGUCUCCGUCUCUUCAUGGUCGGUUCCCUGACUGCCGGUCAGUUCGCCAUCUACGGUGACAUCAAGCGUGUUCUCGGUGCCACCGGUGGUGUUGAGAUCGGCAAAUAG